AUGAGCGACAGCAAGAAGGCCCAUGAACAGGUCUACAGUAAUGAACGCUACCGGAACGACCAACAACAUGAUCAUCACAAAUCUUCGUUGACUCAUGAGCUGGUGAGCGCAGCUGCAGGCUUUGCAGCUAUGAAGGCCUAUGAAGAUCACGUGCGUCGUACAGGCCAGCACGUGUCGCACCCACUUAUGAAAGAGAUGCUCGCUGGUUUUGCCGCCGCCGAAGUUGACAAACUAAUCGAGACAAAGGGACUCGACUUUCUGGAUCGCGAAAAACUGAAACAUCUCGCUAAGCAGCAAGCCCAUCAUAUUGCCCACGAGCAGUAUGGACCGAAUGGCACAUUUAACUGGCAAGGUGAUCAAUAUGGACCCGGUGCUGGUGUUUACCAGCAGCAAGGAGGGUACGGUUAUACAGCUAAUCAAUUUGGUGGUGGAGCCAUUCAACAGCAACAACCAUACAACGAAUACACAGCUGGACAAAGCGAGCAUCAUUAUCGUCAUCAUCACCAUCAUUAA